AUGGCAGCUAACAUCGCCGUCAUCCAGGGUUCCUCAAAAGGCAUUGGACUUUCUUUCGCUCGCUAUAUUCUUAAAAACACCGAUCUGAAAGUGGUUGCGACCUCACAAAACCCCAAACACGCUCGUGAAGCGAUCCUUGCUAACCUCAAGAGUGCUGAUGAUCGAUUAACAACGGUGGAAUUGGAUGUGAGACGCGAGGAGACGAUCGAAAAAGCUGCUGGAUUGGUCAAGGAUAGAUUCGGGCGACAGUUGCGGCUCUUGAUCAACGUCUCGGGUGUGCUACUUCCCGAGAAAUCGAUCCAGCAGAUUAAUGUUGAGGAUAUGAAACGAACUUUCGAGAUCAACACUUUCGGACACCUCUUGACCUAUAAGCACUUUGCUCCACUAAUUCCACCGAAAUCUUCAAAGAAUCAAGAUAACCAAAGUGAUCAAGACCCAGCAAAAGGAUUGAUAAAACCAAACGUACAUGUUCUUGCAAGUAUGAGUGCCAGAGUAGGUAGUAUCGGUGACAAUACUUUAGGAGGAUGGUAUUCUUAUCGCGCUUCCAAGAGUGCUCUCAAUUCAAUUAUCGUCACUUUACAGCGAGAGCUAUCUAAUGGUCGCUCCACUGCUCCUGCUGUUACUGUAGCUUUGCAUCCUGGUACGGUUGCGGGUACGAAUUUGUCCAAGGACUUUGUAUCAAAAGACAAAGCUGGCAGUAAGGAGGGAGUACAUGAUGCCGAGGUGGCUGUCGAACAGCUCUGUGGUGUUAUCAGCCGUCUGGGUGAAGGUGAUGGUGGCCAGUUCCUCGAUUACAAGGGCAAAAAAAUUGUUUGGUAG